AAAGGAUGUCACAUGCCCAGUUGAGCCAAGGCACCUCCCUGGGUUUCCAUUUCUCUCAUAGACUAGAUGGACUUUGAAGGUCCUCCCAGCCUCUGCUCUACAAAAAUAAAACAUCCACCACCACUUGUGGAGUGUCUAGUUCCAUGUGCUUCAUUAUAUUCUCCUUUAUUUUUCCCAACAAAGUGCCUGAAGGAAUCUCCCUGCUCCUCUAGCCCCCUCCUUUACAACACAAUUUCCCCGAAGAGUUAGGAAUACCUAGUAUUUGACACCAAGGAUGGUUGAGAGGUCAAAUGAUUCAAGUUUUGACUCCAGCAUCCACUGAUUCUUCGUCAGCCUCAAUUUCUGUUGCUAUGGAAACUACCAAUGGGACUGAGACCUGGUAUGAGAGCCUGCAUGCUGUGCUGAAGGCCUUAAAUGCUACUCUUCACAGCAACUUACUUUGCCGACCAGGAACAGGACCAGGACCAGGGUCAGACAACCAGACUGAGGAGCGGCAGGUCAACCUCCCCGGCCGUGAUGACAACUCCUACAUGUAUAUUCUCUUUGUCAUGUUCCUGUUUGCUGUCACUGUGGGCAGCCUCAUCCUGGGAUACACCCGUUCUCGCAAAGUGGACAAGCGUAGUGACCCCUAUCAUGUAUACAUCAAGAAUCGUGUGUCUAUGAUCUGACACAAAGGGGCGGGGAAUGGUGGAAGAUUAAGACACCUGAGGAUUGUCUUCCGCAACCUCCAGAACUCAGCUAUGGACCACAUCGGCCUUCUGUGUCUCUAGCUAUAAAAUCAACAAGAAAGUGCUAAGGGAGGUCAUCACUAGGGUGGGAGAAGAAGGGCUAGUAGACGCGGGCCUUGUAGAUAAGACUUUUUCCAGGCAAAGACAGACUUUAUAUAACAGUGGAAGCCUGUGAACGAACACAUAAAAGUACAAAAAGAUAAUGACCAAUGAUUGGUCAAGUGGCUGGAAUAUUGGGGGCAUGGGGUUUAAGGAAGGAGAAGAGGAAGUUGGAGCAAAAGGAAAUGAAAUAGGAAGAUGCUCUGGAGACUUAUUUUUUAACAUGUUAUCUUCAAAAACCAUGAGAUGCAGUGAUGAUUAUCCCAUAUCACAUAUAGGAAGUCUGAGUAAAUUUACUUAUUUAUAUUAGUUCACAUUUUUGGUGUUUUUAAAAAACACAUUUAACAUUUGUGAUUUUACCUUUCUGCACAGAAAACUGGGCAAGUGCCAUGCUGCCUGUUUGGGCUGGAGUGGUGCCCUGACUGGAACCAAGGAGUUCUGGUCUCCUUGCCUCGCACUUCAAAACUCUCUGUCACACUGGAGUGGAGCCAAACCUGAAGCCUAUACAAUUCUGGGGUUCUCUUAAGGAAAAGAAUUCAGCCAGGCAUCAUGGCACAUACCUGUAAUUCCAGUGACUUGGGAGGCUGAAGCAGGAGGAUCACGAGUUUGAGGGCAGCCUCAGCAACUUAGCAAGAUCCUAAGCAACUCAGUAAGAUCCUGUCUCAAAAUAAAAUAUA